CAACAAAACAGAAGUUAUUUAGACUGCGUACCAAUUGCAUUUACUGCAUUUUUUCUGCAUCAUGGACAAUCGCGAUGCCACCGAUGCUCGAAAUAUAAUUUAUCCGAGUUUAGUGUUCCCAAUAAGUGCCGACUACAGUAUUUCCUACGUGGAAAUUCUCGGAUACUUUAUUUCGGUAAUUGUUAAGUUCAUCAGUAUUGUUAUCGGUAUCUUCCUUGCGUGUGAUUAUUACAAUUCCGGGGACUUUUGGUUCUUUUUGUUAACAACGUUGUGCAUCAUUAUACCGGGACUGAUAACGGUAUAUUUGUCUGUUUAUUUGUACUUUGAGGAUGUUCAGAGCAAAUCGAGAGCUCAAAAGUCUUGGUAUGAAUUUAUUUUUUCCCUCAUCAUUAUGCCAUUUUGCUUCAGAUAUUUCCAAUCUCUAACGUAUGCAAUUCUGUGCAAAAGAGCAGAGUUACGUUAUGAAAAUGAGAAGCAAAAACAUUACUUUAGCUUACUCGUGAAAGAAGAUUCAGACAUUGUUCUCAUUCGAUUGUUCGAAUGUUAUUUAGAAGCAACUCCUCAAAAGAUUCUGCAAAUAAUUAUUUAUUUGACAAAAGGUCAAGAGUUGAGAGUUUUACAAGGCCUUUCAAUCUUCUCAUCACUCACGAGCAUAACUUGGUGCAUGGCAUCCUACUAUCGCUGCAUUCGUUUUGCACAACCCGAUAAACGUCCAAUCUCAUACAAAGGAUCUCUGUUUCAGUGUUGCUGGCAUUUCUGUGUUACAGUAUCCCGCAUUACUUCCAUCUGCAUCAUCGCUUCCAUUUUUCUCCGAUGGACUUUAGUUGCAGCGUGCAUCCAUGCCUUUCUCAUGUCUUUGUGGAUUUUCACGUUUGACAGAUCCCCAUUCUGCUCAAAAACUUGCGCGCACAGCAUGGCCUUCUCAAUUUGUCUCGGAUUUAUCUACAUUUUUACGUAUAUUUCGCCGCGCGAAGUCAACACGAAAUACCGAUACAUCAUUUAUUAUACAAUUAGUGGCUUGGAAAAUUUGGCGGCUGUGAUUUUAUACUGCAUUUUCUUUCCGGAUAACGUGUUGCAUUUCCAUACGUCGGUAUUGUUGUGUGUUUUGUCGAUCUCAUCGUUUAUUGUUGGAAUAAUAUUCAUGAUGCUGUAUUAUCAAUAUUAUCAUCCGAUUAUAACGGCAAGGCAAAAUAUGGCGGUUGCACAAGAACCGAGAUUUUAAAAGGACUUAAAAUUUAGUUUAUAAGAAAAAAAAAUUUUUAACUAACAAAUUUUGUGGUAAAUUUAAAACUGUUCCGUAAAAAUAUUGGAAUUGCUAAAAUUGAACUUAAAAAGGAAAAAUAAGGAACUUUAAAAAAACGAAAAAUUAGAUUCUAACGAUAUGAUCUGAAAUCAAAAUGAUCUGAUUUUUAACGUACUUAAUUAUUUUUUUAUAAAUAUUUUAAAUCAGGAGGACCUUGACGAUAUUCAUUUUACUACUAACUCAUCUCAUAUGACUGAC